AUGCCAGAUCAACCCAUCGCCGACCAGACAAUCACCGGGCCAGUGUGCACGGCAGGUAUGUGCCUGGAUAUCCUACGCGAAUACAUCGACAAUGAAAGGCCUUCUCUCAGGUCGUUCUACGAUGAAGACUUGUUGAUGCAGCGCGCAUUACAAGCAGAAAAGAUGGUUAAAACACUGACUAGGAGAGGCUGCGAUCAUCAGACUGCAGAACAACUGUCAUUACUUGUGCUAUUUGACUUAGUGAUACUAGUUGAUGACAGCCUCUCUAUGGGAAACGCUGAAGGUGGUACUGCGGUCACUGCCCUUAAGGCGAUAUUGAAACAAAUAGCGAAGCUUUACGAUCUUGCCAACCCGGGGGCGCCGCUCAUAGUUAUGAUGAUAAUAUACAGUGCAUGUGAGGUUGAAGGCGAGAGCGAAGAAACAUUAGAGAGCGUCAUUAGCGAAUGUGUUUCGAAUUGUAAAGCCUCAAGCACACUGGGAGAGAGUGCUGUUACGUUUAUUAUUUUACGCGUCGGUGAUAAUAAGGAUACAGAGCGUUUCCUCACGCGUCUUACAUCGAGAGGCGUCCAGAAUCUCUACUGCUUUCCACCCCGCGUACCACUGGAAGGUUUAGAUGACACAUUUAAAAUAUGGAAAACACUGAAGAGAUUGUUUGCAGAUGCGUUAUGCAAUACGGGCACGAAAAUCCUCAUAGAAAACAAUGCAGAUAUAGCAAAGAAAGAAGGCCAUGAUCAGCCCCAGGAUAUACUAGGGCAGCAAGUGAUACCGUCUGGCUUCUCGAUCCCGAAUCCUUAUACGACGUAUCUUAACAUGAGCGAUAUUGUCAUUGGCAUGGGAAUGGAACCGCUACCGAUGGGUGGUACCAUGGGUUGUAAUAUGGAUAUGGACCUGAGCAUCCUCUCGGCGGAGGAGCACGAGGAUCUAAAGAUUUUAGAAAACCGGGAGAGAAUACAACGGAUGCAGGCCCCCCAACACAAGUACCAGAUGGGUGGACGCAGAGGGGACGAUCUAAAGGGACGAAGCGCCGGCGUAGGACGAGGGCGGAAGAGGGCUGGCAGUGAUGAUAGCGGUCAUGAUCCUACCCCGGUUGCCAGAGGUGGUCCUAGCCACCAUUCCUCGGAACUCCUCCAGAGUCAAUGGUGGCUAGAAUACAAAUCCCUGCGGCCGGACAAACUAAAACGAAGUGCAGACCGACUUCAAGAUAUAUCAGAACCAGAUAAGCAAAAUUCGUUCCAGGCUUCGGUAAAAGCUACUAAAGACCUAUCCAAACGCUUUGGCCGGAAAUCAAUCAAAAAAGAAGAAAAACGCUUCGGCCGGAAAUUAAACAAAAAAGAAGAAGAAAAACGCUUCGACCGGAAACCAAACAAGAGAGAAGAAAAAAAAAGCUCCGGCCGGUGCAUUUCCGAUUUUGAUUCAUGGGGGACUAUGACACCACUGAUGCCCGAUAAUGAUUUGUGGGUGGAACCCCUAGGAGGCCCUAGGAGGAGUAACUCUUGCUCCGACCUCUCUGAAUGGGCCAGCGCGGAUGAAGACGUUGAAGAACGAUCACCGUCACCGCCAGCGCCCACAACUAGUGAGCAACGAGGCAGUAAGAAAAAUCAAAAUAGCGAAUUUAAUUUCAACCUGACAAUUCCAAAAAAAUAUGAAGAGUCCGAAAUUGAGGGUGGGUACAAAUUUGAGGCAAUUAAAAUUUGGAAGCCGCUGUUUCACAGCUCGGCAUUCCCUAUAAACCUGACCACGCGGGACGAAGUACGGUUACAAGCCAGCAAGAUCGUUUUCCGUGUUAGGGGGAUACCAUAUGGAACAAGCUUAAAAUCUCUAUCAUUGAAGAUUCUCCGCUCAACUCAGCAGCCACAGGGGUUUGAAUUUGGCGAACCUAUAACGGUGGAUUUUAACGAGUCUACCCUAGUGCCAGACUGUUAUAACACGUGCACCCAGAUGCAAAUGGCUUUGAUACAAUUUAUUCCACGGCCGCCAGAUCGGCUACAAAGACUUCGAACCAACGAAACUUACUCCUUGCGGUUGGAUAGGUCAGAGGGGGAAAUUACUAUAGACAAGGAUUUCUUUGGGCAUACACAGCUCUAUCCUACCACCGGGCAGAUAGUGGCAGAUAUUGUCGCAGUAUGUGGAUUAAAUGGUCAUCCUUAUGGCUCGUGGGCAGCCAAAGCAAAUCAUGAUGGGAACAAAAGAAUGUGGCUUCGUCACUUUCUCCCGAACAGCCUUCCGCAGUGUAGAACUAUGGUCUAUGGUUACAAUUCCAAUCUUCAGCACCAAUCGAGGCACAGUAUCCAAGACUAUGUUGAUACGUUUCUGGAGGAGCUGGAAAAGACAAGAAAUACCAAAGAGGAGAGGGAGAGACCAAUUAUAUUGAUCGGUCAUAGUUUUGGUGGCAUCGUCAUUGCUCAUUCAAUCGCCAACGCUACAAAGGGACAGUUGGGGGGUUGUUCUCUUAUCAGUAAUAUCAAAGGGAUUGUAUUUUUCGGUACUCCUCACCGCGGCCUUGUUGUUGACGACUUACUUGCAAUGAUUGGCGACCAGUCCUCCAGAGUCAAAAUGGUUCAGGACCUGAGCCCAGACUCCCCAGUCCUCUAUGCUACGCUGGAAAAAUUUAUCAAAAUCUGCAAGCAGAAGCGGUGGGGGAUCGAUAAACAUGAGACGUUACCUGCAGAAGGUGAUCAUUCCACGAUGGUCAAGUUUGAGCAUGAACACCACGCCACUUUUACCUCCUUAAUACGUAAACUGCGUGAGCUUAUAUUUAAAGAAGGUCAUAGUCGCCGCCUACGAUCUACACCGGUUUCAGGCUCUGAUAGCGAAGUGAAACGUCGUAUCGGGAAACGAACCAAAACCGAUUCAUGA